AUGGAGACACAGACAGAUGCGAACUCGCCGCACUGGGUCUGCCUUCUCAUCGCCAUUUGGCAGUAUGACAAAACGGGCGGAUAUUCCAGUUUGGACCACGUUGAGGAAGAAGUGAGGGAAGUACAUCGAGCUGUGAUUGAAUCAGGGCUUUGCCGCGAAUUUGAUGUUUGCAGGGUAACUGGGCGCGCUACCUUUGAGGAGAUCAAGGCGGAAGUAAAGAGUGCCGUGCAGAAGCUGGGUCGGGGCUCUACCUGGAUAGUCCCAUCGUGCGGCCUGAAAUGGAACAACUGUGUUCUGCUGGAGUGUGAAGUUAAGGCAGAGGUGUGCAGACAGCAGAAGAACGGGUUUUGCCUCGAUGUCUGCUUCUUUUUCUCCAGCUGCCGAACAUGGUGGGAGAAUAGCCCGCUGAAGGGCACCCCUGCACAUGCAGAUUUACCUGUGUGGAGCGACGACAACACGGUUCACACGUUCUACCCUUGUCCCGAACGUCAUCCCAUCAUGGACUAUCCCUUUCUUGGUGUCGCUUUAGCGAAUUUCCUGCGUGCUCGGCCGGAAACCUUCGAAACACUUGUGUCUAAAUUGAAAGAGGAGAUCAAGUACAUCUCCUUGGGCGAAUUGGACCCGAAGCCUAGCGAUCCUCCGACGCGCAUCAUUCAUUUGUACGUUGGUGGUUCGCAAAGGUCCUUGAUGACGGAUGCACUCAUGACUGGCUCAGUGCUUGGCUGCUUCCGCAACGCUGUUUUGUUGCGGCCGCACCUUGUGGAUAUAAUCAGUGCUGAGAUGUCAAACUAUGCAGCUACUCGGGAACAGUUGAAGGCAGUGGCAUCGCUCGUGAAGACAGGGGAGCUCGAGCUACCCGACUGUGAGUGGUGGCUGUGUGACAUAGACUUGCAGUUGCAGGUUCUAGCGAGUGACCAACUGCUUGACAUCAAAAAUGUCUUGACCGAGUAUGUUAAGAGAAACCGUGCUUCAGGACAGAGACGUGUUGCAGAGACAGAAGUCAAAAGCUGGGGCAAGAUUCGGAAAGAAUCCCUGCGUAGAUUUGUUAGCGGACUGCGAGUGCGCGUGAAAGCAACCCGGCCGGGAUCCGACAGAGUCAAGCUUGGCGCUGGUGUGCGGAGGCUUUUGACCAUCUUGGCCAGCUCCAGCCGUGAGAUUUCACCGCCUCCCAGUGCCCGAGGAAGUCGCAACGAGGAAGCUAUGCGAGUGCUCGGCGUGGAAGCUCAGAACAUGACUCAUCAAGACCAGAUAAACUUCAUCGAGGCGUGGUACUCUGUGUGCGAGGAAACGGGGAUCGACGGCAUCGAUCCCAACUAUAUCCUUGACGGCAGCCUUUACAUCUUCAGCGUGACCGGUGCAAUACCUGACGGCCUGAAACAGCACUUCUGCCAGAGGCUGCAGGAAAGACUGCGAGAACCUCAUCACCUCAAGGACUGGUCCUUUGCAAAGGCAUUUGCGCGGGCACCUGCCUUCCAACUGUCUGCUGACGUACCGGCCCGCUUGACCAACCUCGUCCGCCUUGCCGAACAAUUUCGAGGCGAGUUGGAUCCUGCUCCUGCAUCUUGCUUUCUACACGUUCUCGGAUUCAAGCAAUUGGUGGAGAUGUGGCUGGAUCAGGGCCACUGGGAGGAGACUGGCCAAUCUGGUGACUGGCGGAUCCGUCUCAUCUACAGCGGAAUGGAGCUUGCUGAUCGCGAGUGGUUGAGGGGCGCCUCCAAUUUGCAAAUUGUCGCGGAGCCCACGUGGCGAUUCUGGGCCCAACACCCGAAGUUUGAGGCGCUGGGUGCAGAGAUGACAGGACUAAUACGUGAUCUUUCGACGAAAGUACUCGAUGGACGUGGCUGGGCCGACGAUGAAGCCUUCAUGGACUUGGAGGGCUUUCACGCAAACUGGUCUGCGGUUGGGCCUCUACCCCAGCAUCAAGCACCUCGCGGCUAUAUCAAAGAGCCGGUCUUGGCAACGAUACUCUUGGCGUCAAAAUUUGCUCUGGUGUCCUGUGCUACAACCGGCAGCCUCGGGGCGGCUCUUGCGAAUCCGAUCGAUCUGGUCCGCGUCCGCCUCCAGGGUGAAGCUGGACUGCUGAGAAAUGGAGUUUAUGCCACGGGACUUCAUGCAGGGCAUGGCCCCCGGCAUGCUCAUACACUGCGCGCAUUCGUAGACAUUUUCCAGCUAGAAGGUCUCGGCGGUCUCUGGCGCGGCGUCUCAGCCAACGUGGCUCGCGCCUCGCUGCUGUCGAGUGCGCAGCUGACGACCUAUGACCAGUGCAAGCAGGUGGCCGUUCGCGCGGGCUGGCUGGAUGGUCCAAGACUGCACCUGUGCAGCUCCUGCCUUUCAGGCUUCGUCGCCCAGAUUGCCUGCAUGCCCGCGGAUGUCGUGAAAACCCGUGUACAGUGUGGGGCAGGAUUGUUCCAAAGUCCGCUGCAAUGUGCCGCCUACAUACUCCGUGAGGAGGGUCCCCGAGGUUUCUACCGCGGCUUCGCGCCGGCGGCGGCGCGCCAAGUCCCUGUCAUGGCUGUGCAGAUGCCCAUCGUCGAGCAGAUUCGCAAGAGACUCUUCGGCCUCGGCUACAUGUAG